AGAACGUCACAAGCCAAAGCUUGGAUAUGCCGGCGAUUCUGGCCCCGCCCCCCAUGUCUCUUUAUUGGCCGAGAAGUUAAAGCUCCCGAAACGCCGAUUGGCUGUUGGGACCAGAGCUGAAGGUUUGAAUCCGCGUGCGGUAGAUCCUAAGCGUGGAACGUCAGAUGCAAGAAUCAAGGUGCAGAAACCACAGAGCCGGUGCUUUUUAAACCUCCGAUAUUUAGAGCGUCCAUUUCUGCACCGACUACCAAUUCUAGCCGGUCUCGUCCCACAUUUCUGGGCUGGUCCGAAUGCAACCAGGCUCCGAAGCCGACGGGCAGGUUCGCUGCACGGUCGCAAUUGAGCACUUGGGCGCCGCUGCAGCAGCAGCCCCGAAGCGGCGGCUACUCCGUGAUGCCUUGGUGACGCUGGGCCGGGACGAGUUUCGGUCGCUGGUUUUGCAAGUGGCGGAUGCUAGCCGAGCCGGGCGUCCCCAAAACUUCCCCUUGCGACCAGGUGAGGUGCGAGUGUUCACACGUUUCGUCAAGGAAGGGAAGAGCUCCAUCCGGCUGGGUCCAGCGGGCCCUACCCAUGUGCAGCUGCUCUUCUCCAACUGCCCUCCCGACCGGUUGCGCCGCUUCGUCCAGACGCUGCGCAUCAAAUUCGGAGCCGCCCCGGAGGGGAUCAAGCCGGUCUCCGAGCGGACGAGGCUCCUCUCCGGCCUGCCGCGCACGUUCGACACCGUGAGCCCGGUGCAAGCCCGGGACUGGCAGCAGGCACGCGCCCGGCCCGCUCUGGCUGAUGUCGCCGCCAGCCCGGUGAAAGGCGAGACCCGACGAGGUGCGGCGCCUCGGAAGCGGGCUCGGAGCGGCUCCGUCGAUGGGAAUCAGGUAACAGAAAGGCAGCAGCCAAAGAAGUCUUGGUCACUGAGCUCACGAGCAACACUCUCCCAGGAGCAGUUGAUGGUGCUGAGUGCUGUGAUGAGUGGGAAGAAUGUCUUCUUCACAGGCAGUGCUGGGACUGGAAAAUCCUUCCUGCUAAAAAAGAUUGUGGCGUCACUGCCUCCAAACAGCACAUGGGCCACAGCCAGCACAGGAGUGGCAGCGUGUCAGAUUGGUGGCACCACCCUUCACGCCUUUGCAGGCAUCGGCUCAGGAAAGGCCCCCUUACCUCAGUGCAUUGAGCUGGCUCAGAGGCCUGGGGUUCGGCAGCAAUGGCUGAACUGCCGCCAUCUGAUCAUUGAUGAGAUCUCUAUGGUUGAGGGUGAAUUUUUUGAUAAACUGGAGGCAGUGGCCAGAGCUGUUAAGAAAUGUGAAGAGCCAUUUGGAGGAAUCCAGCUCAUCAUCUGUGGUGAUUUCUUACAAUUGCCUCCAGUCAGCAAAGCUACUGAACAGCCUAAGUUCUGCUUCCAGGCAAAGUGUUGGCGGAAGUGUGUCCACUUGAACAUGGAGCUGACAGAGGUGCGGAGACAAACUGACAGGGAGUUCAUCUCUCUUCUGAAUAUGGUCCGCCUGGGCAGAUGCACAGAGGAGGUCACCAGGCAGUUGACCCUAACAGCUACCCACAGAGUAGAGAGAGAUGGAAUCCUGGCUACCCGGCUGUGCACCCACAAGGAUGACGUGGAGCUUACAAAUGCCAGACAGUUGCAGGAGUUAUCUGGAGAGCAAAGAUCCUUCAAGGCAGUGGACAGUGACCCUUUACUGGUGAAAAUGAUUGAUGCCCAGUGUCCUGUAAGCAGUGUUAUUGAGCUCAAGCAAGGUGCACAGGUGAUGCUUACCAAGAAUCUUGACGUGUCCCGAGGGCUGGUUAAUGGCGCCCGUGGUGUUGUGAUAGGAUUCGAGACCAAAGGAAAAGAACUGCCAAAAGUCAGAUUUAUGUGUGGCGUCACUAAUGUUGUUCAGGUUGAAAGAUGGGUUUUAAAGGGACCAGCAGGAACACAUUUGACUCGCCAGCAGCUGCCCCUAAAACUUGCCUGGGCCAUCUCAAUCCACAAGAGCCAGGGUAUGUCUCUUGACUGUGCUGAGAUCUCCCUGGCUCGGGUCUUUGAAUAUGGCCAGGCUUAUGUAGCUCUUUCUCGGGCACGUAGCUUUGCUGGUCUUCGUGUUCUGGACUUUGACCCCAAGGUAGUAAGAGCCAAUCCAUAUGUGUUACAGUUCUACAGGCAACUGAGGAGAGACAAAUUUCUAACCCAGAGUUCUCUACAUUCCUAUCUUCAAGAAGAUAAAGAAAACAGAGAAGCUACCUGAAGCAUGUCAACCAGAAAUCUAGUGCACCAUUUUAUGGUUCUUUGUCCCUUUAUUGAACAGUGCAAUAGUUUGAAAAACAACUUGUUCUACAGUUCCAUGGGUAAAUUUUAAGUUCUGAAACACAGCAUGCUAGUCCUAGGCUUGCUCUCUUCUUUACAAAAUACAUAGGAUAUGAUUUUCCACAAUCUAACAAACCAUCCAUCAUAAUGCAAAGUGAGUUGGAACAACUUGAAACUCUCAUAGCAGACUAUCCAUUUUUGUAUGUCUAUGCUUGAUUUAACAUUAUACAUACAUGAAAACAUUAUACAUACAUGAAAAAUUUCACCUGGCUAAAUCCUAUUGUAGAAUACUUUGUGCAUAACAAGAAUCACAAAAGUGGUAUUUUGCCAGCUAUCUAUUGUGUGCAACCCAGG